AGCCGGACACAAUAGUGACAGACUUCAAUUGGCAGUUUGAAGGGCAGCGUGUGCCUUAUAAAUAUGCGAGCCAGCAAUUUGUGCGCCAGUCGUCCCCUUUCCCCUCCCACCAGUUGAGUGAUGAGCUGGACCUGAGAAGUCCACGGAUCCACCCUCCACUCUUCACUAGUCGCCGCGCAGCCAUCGCCAAGAGAGGGUCACCGCGGUCGGGCUCUACGCGAAGUGCUUUUAGACCAGUGUGAAGGGUGAAUAACCGCGCAUACAUGGACUAUGGAACCACGUGAGUCUGAGGGAGAGGAGACGAAGCUGACGAGAUGAGUGACGGCGGCGCAGCGAGGCGAGGGAGGUGUUGGUGAGAUGGAGAGGCUGGGCUGGAGGUGGAGUCGCUGGUGGUGGUGGUGGAGGUGGUCGCCGCCGCUCCCUGACCCCACCCUCCUCAUACUCCUCCUCAUCCUCCUGAAGGCGUCACUAGCGUCACGUUCCCCCGCCGCUGAAGUCGUGGUCAUGUACGAGGGAUGCGGGAAGGCCAUCGAAGUAGGGGCUGCUCUCUCAUCCUCUACCACGCACCUCCUGCCACUCCCCUGCGGCGGCGGUGAACUGCAAGAGCUAUCAUCAUCAUCGUUCAGCAGCCUGCCUCCAUCUCCCCCCGUGGUGGUGAUAGCCUCCUGUCCCGUCAUCGCCAGGGUCACCACCAGUCUGGGCCACAACAACACCGUUCUUGGGGGGCCGCCGUCUAUUAUCCUGCCCGUGCCCGUCGCUCAUUCCCCGUCCUGCCUCGCCCACCGCAAGGCUACGGGCGCCGCUGUCGUACCAGUGACCGGCCCCGUGGAAAGGGCCCUCAACCUCUUGCUGUCCUGGAUGGCCUAUCACUCGUGGAAGACCUUGAAUGUGCUGUAUGACCGGUCCCUUGACCCUAGCACCUUCGCCUUCUUUCUGAAGGGGCUGCUGGCGGGCACGGCGGACCUCGGCGCGCGGGUGUCCUUCAGGGAAAUGCCGGCGGGGGCGUCCGGGCAGGAGGUGGUGGCGGUGAUGGGGACGGUGGUGGAGGCGUGGCGGAACAACGGCGCCAACCACGUCACCGUCAUCACUGCCGAAGAAACACUCGUCCAUCUGCUGCACGUGAUCCCUGACUUCAAGGUGGAGGACGGGGAGAGUGACUGCGACUGGCUGGUGUUCGCCAAGGCAGUGACGGACGUGCCCUUGGAGUACACGCCCACCAACGGCCACAACGUCUACUUCGCCGACGCUUCGCUGCACACGACGCUUAAGGAACGCAGUCAGGCCGCUGUGAGGAUAGCGCAAAUGACCUCAGACACCUGUCAUGCCCACCAGCCGGCGGGAGUUGCCGUGUUCGUGCGGCGGCCUGACUACGAGAAGGUGCUGACUCCGGAGGUGACCCUGGGCCGCCCCUACCCCUGGCUGAUCCCCACCUUCACCUGGACGCCGCCCCCCGCCCCCGCGCACCCCAGCUGGCCCCACGGCAAGAUGCGCGCGCUCCCCUCCUACAGGCAGUACCUCCUCCAUGGCGCCCAUCUCGUCGUGGCCACCAUAAGAGGCCUCCCCUUCAUCGAACCGCUCCCCGAUCCUGACAAGAACAAGACGAGCGAGGAGUACCAGCAACGUCUACCUCACGUUAACUGCACGCAACCUCCAGGCUUCUCUGGCUUCCUCGUGGACAUGCUCGAGGUCAUUGCCAAGGAGAUGAACUUCACGUAUGAACUCUACGAAGUGUGCGACAAAGCGUACGGGUCGGAGGUGGACGGGCGGUGGACGGGCGUGAUGGGCGAGGUGGUGGAGGGGCGCGCGCACCUCGGCCUGGCCAACCUCGGGGCGAACUACGGUAGGAGCCACGCCGUCGCCUUCCCCAGGAUAUCCACCAGCUACGGGGGCGCGGGCAUCAUCUUGCGCCGCCCUGAGAGCACCGCCACGGACAGACUGACGGUGUACAUGCUGCCCUUCUCCUCCGAGGUGUGGGCCUUCCUCCUCGCCUCCAUCCCCCUCGCCGCCCUCACCAUGCACUUCGCCACCAUGCCCCGACAAGUCCUCCACCGCCGCCUCCUGAGAGUGUUUUCGCAGUUCGGUGGCGGCGGGCAGAGGCUCUCAGCGUCACCAUCGCCAUCUCCUCUGCCGGACAACCCUAUCAAGGUCUUCGUCACGAGUGCUAGCGAGGCCGCAACCACGCGUCUCUGGACCAUGGCGGACAGCUGGACUACCACGCUGUCGAUGAAGGGGAAGGAGGCGGAGGAGGAGGAGAAACGAAGGAAAAACGAGGAAGAUCUACCCCGUUCCUUCCUUGAUGGUGUCUGGUUCGCGUCCACGGUCCUAAUGCAGCAAGGACAGGACGUGGUGCCGAGCAGUGGCGUGGCCCGGUCGGUGUUCGGCGUGGUGUGGGUGUCCGCCGUCAUCCUGUACGCCGCCUACACCUCCAACCUCGUCUCACACUUCACCGUCACCAAACUCUCCCUGCCCGUCAACAACCUGGAGGAGUUGGUGGCCAGCAGUUACAAGUUCGGCACCAGGACGGGCUCGGUCUACAUCGAUAACAUGAAGAUGUCGGACACAGGGGUAUAUCAGGCCGCCUCCCGGAAGCUUCAGUCCUUCGGCAACAGCGUCCUUAUGUCCACCUACGAGGACGCCAUACAGAGGACGCUCCAGGGAUCCUACGCCUUCAUCGGGGACUACGUGGUGCUGGACUACUACCAACGCAAGGACUGUAACCUGGUGCUGCUCAAACAGAGGCUCUUCCCCACCAUGAGCUCCAUCGCCCUGCCCCAAGGCUCUCCGCUGCUCCCCGCCUUCAACCACUACCUGUCCCUCAUGAGCGAGAGCGGCAUCACGGAGAAGCUGCGACAGAAGUGGUGGAGCGCCCAGCCCUGCCCCUCCGCCGCCACCCUCACCGCCUACCACAGUAUUCAAAUGAUGGAGGUGUUCUCCGCGCUGGUAGUGAUGGGCGCGGGCGUGGCGUUGGCGCUGAUGGUCUGCUGCCUGGAGUGUGCACGCCCCCCGCGCCUCCCCUGACCCCACGCCCUGCCGCUAGCCACACGCCACACCGCCACACCCACGCACGCCGCCGCCACCACCACCGCCACCAGGCCUGUAUACUCCCGCACAGAUCCUGACUUACCAUGAUUGUUGGUUUAGUAAGGCUUUAGACAGGCUUCUGGUGCGUCUGUAGUGUUUUCUCAUCUAAGUAUUAAUAGAUGUAAGUAUUAGAAGUAGCUUACGUGCUGUUGAAUCCUGUUACUAUAUUAAUGAUUAUCGAACUUUAAUUGCUAUCUAACAAUUACCCCUCACUACCCAUUGACAAGUUAUGCACGGUAAUUAUUAAAAGUAGUACGUGUUGUUGAAUUACGCCAUUAUAGAUAUACCAAUGUUUAUCGAACCUUAAUUACCACGUCCAUGUUUUAUCCUAGAAGUACCCUCGCGAGCCAUUUGCUAAUCUCUUAACAGUGCUGAGAGCUGCGCCUCAUAAUUGGCUCCGAAUAAAAGUACUAUUAUAAAUAAGAGAACAACCGUCCGUAAGUAACUAGUUGUAAUAGUUUUGUUAUCACCUCUAUAUCCUUGUUGUAGGAGCCGCUCGUAACUGUUCGUCGAUAGUCGUUAAGUUCACUGCGUGUUUCGAGAAAAGUACUAUUGUGUAAAGCGACGUAAUUAACCUCACAUUGGUAGGUAUAACUGUUGUCUUUGAUUCCGUGGCUGUUUGGACGAGUACUAUAGGUCUGUGUAAGUAGCCGAGGCAGUUAAUCGGUAGUAGGCUAUUUAUUUAUCAAGUCCUGAAUUGCUUGUUAAAAGGUUAGGAUAGUGUACAGCCCUAACAUCUCAUCGGUGGUUCAGAUCAUUACAGGCCAGUGAUCGGCACACAUACAGUUAUCUGAUGCAAGGCCAGUAUAGUGUAAGCCGUAAUAGGUCAUCGGUGUUAUCUGAAGUAAUUAAAUUGCUUGCUUUGAGCGGAUGUUUUCAUAAUUAUAAUUUUCCUCUUUGUGUAAAGCCCACAAUUCUUAUCAGUCAUAAUUAUAUUGUUGAAGUGUUGAGGCUGGGCAUAGUGUGGAUUAUUAUUAAUACUACUACUACUA